UGAACCGAUUAUUAAUACCAGACUAAAAUGAUUGCUGAGAAAUGGGUGCGGUUAUCGACCAAGGCACACUUAAUCCGAGUUUCUGUAGAGGUAGACUCUAGAUCAUACUCUUUGGUGUGAAAUCUGACUGUCCACAAAACGGUCAAGGACUUUAUAAAGUACAUCUGAUGAAUGCUUUCAAAGAAGAAUUUUGAAAAGUACCUCUUGAUCCUUGCUCCUUCCCAUAUAAUCCUUGAGACGAAGACCUUGCAGGAAAAUGACACACUUAAGUUAAUAACACGGACAGAAUUCGAUGAAAUCUUGGAUGCCAAAAAGCGGAUUUACCCUGUAAAAGAAGUUAAAUAUGUAGAACACGAUCUGGUACAAGUCCCUGAGAAAUUCAAAGUUCAGACUGAUUUAACCAUGUUCGAUCUAGGCGAGGUUAAACUCUCCACACUUGAUGUAGCCAUGGAGAAACCUAUUGAUGGUCUCUGCUUUAUGCUAGAUAAGUUACCAUCAAAGAAUGUCGACCAGCAGGUAAAUUAUGGCUGUGACCGUAAAGGAUGCGAUUUUCAAGUAACUUAUGUACGAAAGAAGGAUAGGAGCUAUAUCCUCUCUGCAGUCAGAGCAAUUCAUAAUCAUAUGGAUGUUUACUCAGAAGAUGUGCAACCAAAAAUACCUCUUGGUGUUUUCGACCAAAAUAAAGAACGGAAAGAAGAUUGUAAUAAAGGAAUGAUGGGCAUUAAGCAUGAAGCAGGUUAUGAUGAAAAUAGUUAUAACUGGGCUCCAAAGAAUGAAAUUGGGGACCAUUUCCAAAUGUUUCCGUCUAAGAAAGUUAUCAGCAAGCCUCAAAAACAGUUCAAGUUCAGACUUUCCAGGUCAACAAAAUAAUUUAUAAACGAUCAAUUUAGGA